UUCUCGUGUGUAAACAUUGUCGCUCAACCUCCCCACAUGUUCCUUAUACAGGAUGGAGGUUUGUCAAGCUAUUUAUAAGAAACUCGACGCGCAUUAUGUGGAGAAGGACUUAGAUAUCAUAAUUGAAGCAGCACAAAACCAUGGAGUGUACGAACAUGAGAAUCCCAAGGUUUUGGAAACUCAUGCCAAGGAGAUUAGCAAUUUGCUUCAUCAAAAAACAACCAGGCGAAAUGCAAUUAAAUUCUUGGUGCCAUUGAUCCAGCAGUGUCCAAAAGAUAUAUUGACAGCACAGGGACAAACAUGGCUUCAGUUCUGCAGCAUGAUUAUAAGUGCACCCUCUGGAGCCAAGGCAAAACGCACUGCUUGCUAUGCCAUCCUUCUCCUUCUUGAGAGAAUGCCAAAACUACCAGAGCUUCAGCGGAAGUUGGUAUCACAAUCUGCUGCUCCACUGGUCACAUCUCUCGCAGGAGCAGUUUCCUAUUGGAGUCCAGCCGCUCUCAAGUGUUUACAAGAGUACAUGAAGGUGUUCCCACAACAAUGCUUACCUCAUAAGGCAGCCCUAGAGGAAUUACUGCUGAAGAAACUGGACUCUGCCCUCACUUGCAAUGGUCAAAAGUCAGAAGUGACAUAUGCAGGUCAGGCCUUUGCGACAUUACCACUAGCUGGUAUGGGAGGCAAAGGAACCAGCAGCCGUUCAGAGGCGAGGGGGCGGCAGCUAACUCAGCUCAUUUGCUUGUCACAUCACCUGAUGGACUAUCUUUUUGAGGGCAUUGUUGAGAAAGAGUCCUAUAACCACCCCAGAGAAUACACAUUCAAGCUGAAUCCCCUGCAGCCCGUGGGUUAUUACGAUAAAAACCCACUCUACACACACAUGCUGGCCAUCACCAGAUUAAUGAACACAUUGAAGUUCAUCUCAGAAAUGGUCUCCUGCGAAAAUAAUGAUGCCAUAAUGAUAAAAAUGAGCGAUUUGCUGGGCCCAGUCUUUAGGAUGUUACAGAUGGAGACGUCUGUUUUAAAAUCCUACGAGAGCUACGAGCAUAAAUUACUAGCUUUCUUUAUGCCAGCACUUCAUCAGCAAUGUUUGUUGAUGCUAAGAGAUUUCCUGAUCAGCAUGAGAGAUUGUGUAGACUUAUACUUCAGCCUUAUAGCAGAAUUACUUACUGCAACCAUUAAGUCAUACUACGACAGCAAGGCCAAAGCUUGGGCUACUAAUGGGCAACAGACAAGAAUUGUCGCAUAUUCCGUCAUGACCACUCUUGUUGAAGUGUCCCAGGGAAGGCAUCCAGCGUCAUCCAAGUUGAUCGAUGUCAUUGUGGAAGAUCUGAUGCCAAAGAACCAAGAAUUUACAAUAAAGAGCUAUGGCAGCAGAGGAUUGUCUAAUCUCACCCUACAGAAAAAGAAGAGCAAAAAGAAAGGAUAUGCAGUCUCAACAAAGGACUCAGAGCCUUCAAACACUCCUCUUCCAGAAUAUGAAAACUUUGGUCGGGUUGUUACUGCUGCCCUGAGAUUAGCAGAAGCCUUGUUUAGAUAUGCGACACAUUCUACGCCCUUGAUGUCGAGACAGGCAUUACAGAAGAGAGUCAUAGCUGUAACAGAUCGCGUGAUGAAUGGUAGCCAAAUGCCAGUUAUCUAUUUCGGUGACACGACCCGAGCACAGCUGUUUAAAACUUUAACGUGUAUGGCAACUCACCCUGAUCCAAGGUGUCCUGUACCUUAUACUAUGAUCUUACAUCUGUUUCAAAGGGGCCUGCAUGAUCACCAUAUGUCGGUGGUUGCUGCUUGUCAAACUGGUCUCUCGUGUGUUAGCUUCAUUACUGCCAACCCACAAAUCUCCAUGCUAACACAGGUCUUCGAGCAACUACAACGAAGUACUGUUAGUUACGAUGCUGAAGAAAAAGAAAAAGAAGUCGUAGAGAAUGGUGUAAAUGGAAUGGAUUGUGAUGAACAAGAUGAGGAAGAAGAACAAGAGGAGGAGGAGGAAGAAGAAGACAAAGACAAAGAGGAACAAGCGGAGGAAGUUGAAGAAGAACAAGAAGAGGAAGUUGAGGAAGAAGAACAAGAAGAGGAAGUUGAGGAAGAAGAAGAACAAGAGGAGGAAGUUGAUGAAGAAAAUGAAGAUGCAACAGAACAAUCAGAGAACAUGGAUGAAGAACAAGAAGCAGAUGCGAGCACUGAAAUUCAAAUGGAAGACAAAGUGGUUGACGAAGAGGAAGAGGAAGAGGAAGAAGGAGAGGGAGAUGUAGAGGAAGCUUCAGGAACAGAUGGACAAGCAGAAAGCAAACAAGGAAAGAGUCCAAAGGCAAAGAAAGCAGGAAAUCGGAAAAAGUUACAGAGGUUACGAAAGAAACAAAAGGCAAAGCAAGCCAAGAAUCAGACACCAGAAUCUGAUGGCAAGUCAAAGGCAACGAAGAGAAAUGCAGCCGAGAGUGAGGAAACCACUCCGAAAAAGUCAAAGACAGACCAGAAGAAUGAUCUUGGCCUGAGUGUGGAAGAAAUGUUAGCUUCAUUUGUUGAUGCUGAUCCGGAUAAUUGACAUUACAUCUGAAUUUAUGGUUAAGGGAACAGAAAUUAAAUAACUGUAAAUCAG